AUGUAUCUUGACAUAACAAAAGAUUUAGUAGUUCAAAAGACUCCAAAAUUCAGUAGCAAUUUCACUUCUUCUUCAAUUAUGAAUCUUUCAACUUUGUUAUCAUGGAUUCGUACUUUGAUAUUUUCCAUUCUGUUAAAUGCUUGUUCUUUCAACUUUUUGUUAUCUUCUGCAACUCAACUCUCUUAUGCUGAUCAUUGUAACUCUGUUGUCCCUGCAUCAUCCAUAACAAAGUAUGAACAUGCCUUGUUCUCAUAUUUUUAUCUCAGAACUGGUUAUUAUAAUGGGGGCAAUAGAUUUCUGUCUCAGUACCAGUCUGAGGGCUCACACACACUCUCAUUUCGGCGUCAAAGAGUCUAUAGAACUGAGCAGGAUAGUGUGUUCAGUAUCGAAGGGUUUUUGGUGUUUCCAUCCCAGAGCACCUACUACUAUCUGGGAAAUGUUACAACUUCUCAUUUCGGGACUGGAGUACUUCGUCGUAGAAGAUCAAUAAGUUUCAGUCUAGAAGGGUUCUGGUCAAAAUCUUCUGGCAAACUUUGUAUGGUGGGGAAAGGUUAUAUCUACACCAAAGAAGGUAAGAUUCUCAAUCUUCAGGCUGUCCUGAAGCUCAGUAAUCUCAGGAAUUCUAGUACUACUAUCUCUACUUUGGUUACUGGAACUAUGGAGAGCUUGAGUAAUUCUAAUGAUAUGAGUUAUUUUGAACCGAUUUCUAUAAUGAUCCUUCCAACUCCAAGAUUGAAUUAUGAGUACACUUUGGUUUCAAAAGAAUCAGGUGAUGAGUUUUCUGGUGCAAAUGAAAUUGUGAAGGGUUUACCAAUUAGUUCACUGCCCUCGAAAAGUUUCUGUUCAAUAAUCUCAAGAGCAGUUAAUGAAUUUAAUUUGAGAUACACUGGUGAUUGUGAUUCUUCAAAAAACUGUGGACCUUUUGGUGCAGCUGUUGGAUAUUUGCCUACUGUUGUUUCCUUUGAACGAAUUCAGUGUCUGGAAAAGGAAAAAAGAAUGAGAGUCUUGGUAGAUUUUCCUAGCCGUGGCUAUGACGAAUCUGACCAACCUUUCAAUCCUAACACAAAAUUGGUUGGGGAAGGCUUGUGGGAUGACAAGAUAAAUCAGCUGUGUAUUGUUGCUUGCCGAUUUUUGAACACCACAGAUUCUUUGUCUAAUUCCCAAGUUGGGGAUUGUACGACAAAGCUGAGUUUGGGCUUCCCUGAUAUCUGGUCAAUCAGAGACAUGAGUUAUGUUGUGGGGAAAAUCUGGAGCAACAGAUCUGAGAAUGAUUCAGGCUACUUUGAUAAGAUCAUGUUUAAAAGUUCUGAGAUUCCUUUCCGGACAUUUCCAGGUCUGAGAUAUGAGUACACAAAAAUCAACAAAGCAAGAAGCUCAUGUUGGCCGAAAGGGAAGCCAAAAAAGAACAAGGGGAAGGGAUACCCAAAUGCGUAUUCUAUUGAUAUGCGAUUCGAUAUGUGGGUUGAAAGCUCUAAGAUUAACACUUCAUGGGGUAGUGCAACUCCCCUUUCUGUUGGUGAUGAAUUUUAUAGUCGGUAUGCAUAUCAAGCAAGGGGCCAAAGCUCAAGCAUUUCAGGAUCUGCAGUUCAAGCUAAUCUGAGGGAUAACAGCCCUGUCAAUAUCAGCUACAUAAUUAGCAUCAACCUAAGAUCUUCUGUAUUUUGGAGAUAUGAGAGCCUAAAGUUUUCUGCAGAAGGAAUUUAUGAUGCAGAAACAGGACAGUUGUGUAUGGUAGGUUGUAGACAUAUUGCUUCAAUGAAUCAAUCAUCCAUAAAUGACUCUAAGGACUGUGAAGUUCUCAUCAAUUUCCAGUUUCCUCCAUCAAAUCCGGAGAUGAAUGAAGGUUAUAUCAAGGGAAGCAUCCAGAGCACACGGGUGAAAUCAGAUCCUCUUUAUUUUGAAACAUUAUUUGUGUCUUCAGUUACUUAUUCUGCACCUGUGAUAAGAAAGUCCAUCAAAAGGAUGGAUCUGGAGAUCAUCAUUGGUCUUGUAACCAACACACUUGCUUGUGUUUUUCUGGGAUUGCAGCUUUUCCAUGUGAAAAAAAACCCUGAUGUGCUUCCCUUCAUUUCAUUUGUUAUGCUUUUGAUUCUUACUUUGGGCCACAUGUUUCCCCUUAUGCUCAACUUUGAAGCCUUGUUCUUGCAAAAUCCUGAACAGAAAAUUGCUGUGCUUGGUAGUGGUGGAUGGCUUGAAGUGAAUGAGGUGCUUGUCAGGAUAGUAACUUUGGUAGCUGUCUUGUUGGAAGUUCGCCUUCUGCAGCUAUCAUGGUCUGCAAGAUGGGAUGGUUCAGACCAAGUGGGCUUGUGGUUUGCAGAGAAGUCAACUCUGUUCAUGUGUUUGCCAUUAUAUGCGGCUGGGGCCUGGAUACUAUCGCUUGUUAACUGGAGUAAGCAGAGACAUGAUUUUUCAUCGACUUUCUUUCGCCUAGCACGCCCGCAGCAGUCUCUUUCACAGAACUGGAAAUCAUACGCUGGUUUGGUCUCGGACGGAUUUCUUUUGCCUCAAAUUCUGCUCAACACAUUCAGGAACUCUAAAGAGAAUGUUUUGUCUUGUUCAUUCUACUUUGGAAUCACUUUUGUCCGAUUGCUGCCACAUGCUUAUGAUCUUUGCAGGGCUCACAACUACAAUCCUGUUGGAUCAUAUUUAUAUGCCGCUCCUAAUUCAGAUUUUUACUCUACUACUUGGGAUGUGAUUAUUCCUGUAGGGGGACUGUUGUUUUCUGCAAUCAUUUUCCUGCAGCAGUGGUUAGGAGGCCAAUGCAUUAUACCCCGGAAAUUCAGGGAGAGUGAAGGAUAUGAGGAGGUUCCUGCUGUUAGUGAAUCACAACUGCCGGAUAAAUCUGGCCCUUCAGAUGAGAAAAUCGUAGCUGCUGCAGGCUCAGACUUAGAUGGUAAUAUAUGA